AAUGUCAAACGCCGCAGCUGUACUUCCCGAGCGGAAUGACGUGAGCGCCGCUAGCGCCGCCGCGCCCGCUCGCCGAACUAAGCGCAGUAACCUGAAAUCCGUCGGGGAGUACGCGUCGCGGUAGACGUCCGCGCGUUUGUCUACAAUGGCUAGCAACAUCAAGCCGAUGCACAAAACGAAACACUUCCCGAUAGACCAGCUAGUGUGCGUCGGCAACUAUGAGCUGGAAAAGACAAUCGGAACGGGCAACUUCGCAGUAGUAAAGCUAGCGACACAUGUUAUUACUAAGAGUAAGGUAGCCAUUAAGAUAAUAGACAAAUCGCGCCUGGACGAGGACAACCUCAAGAAGACGUUCCGCGAGAUCGCAAUCAUGAAGCGUCUGCGGCACCCGCACAUCGUGCGACUGUACCAGGUGAUGGAGAGCAGCCACACGUUGUACCUGGUGACGGAGUACGCGCCCAGCGGGGAGAUAUUCGACCACCUGGUGGCGGCCGGGCGCAUGGCGGAGGCGGCGGCGGCGCGGGCCUUCUCGCAGAUGGUGGCGGCGGUGGGUUACUGCCACGCCAGCGGCGUGGUGCACCGCGACCUCAAGGCCGAGAACCUGCUGCUCGACCGCGACAUGAACAUCAAGCUCGCGGACUUCGGGUUCAGCAACGAGUACACGGCCGGCUCGCCGCUGUCCACGUGGUGCGGCAGCCCGCCCUACGCCGCGCCCGAGCUGUUCGAGGGCCGCCAGUACGACGGGCCCAAGGCCGACAUAUGGUCGCUGGGGGUGGUGCUGUACGUGCUGGUGUGCGGCGCGCUGCCCUUCGACGGCUCCACGCUCAGCGAGUUGCGCGCCACCGUGCUGGCCGGCAAGUUCCGCAUCCCCUACUUCAUGUCGCAAGAAUGCGAGCAGCUCAUACGGCACAUGCUGGUGGUGGAGCCGGAGCGGCGGCUGUCGCUGCGCGGCGUGGCGCGGCACCGCUGGCUGCAGGCGCACCAGCCGGGGCCCGGGCCCGGGCGCUACGACGCGUCGCAGGGCGCGUGCGCCUGCCACCCGGCCGGCGCGCCCGCCGCCGCCGCCGGCGCGCGCCACGACGCCGUGCUGGCGCGCAUGCUGGCGCUGCCCGGCCUCUCGCACCACCACAUACAGCAGUCGGUGCAGGAGGAGCGCUUCGACCACAUCUCCGCGAUAUACCACCUGCUGAUGGACAAGCUGCAGCAGAAAGACAACGCGGACAUGGACAGAGAUUCGCUAGAUUCCACAACGGGGCGACCCCUCGAUCUCACUAGUUGUAAGAGCAGUGACGAGGAGCAAAUGGAAGCGGAAGAAAGCGGUUGCGAAGGGCUGCAGGUGGCCGGCUACCUCACCGGCGUGCACUCUGCGGACAGCUUUGAGAAGUUCGGCGAGUCGGCGCCGGCGAGCGAGGAGGCGGGCGCGCCGCAGUCGCCGCCGUCGCCGCACGCCACGCGCCGCCACACCGUGGGCCCGGGCGACUGCCGCCACGCGCAGGCGGGAGACUUGUCUGCACGCACGGUACCACUCUGUGCGUCGGCGCACUUUAACGCGGGCGUGGCGCUGCUGCCCAACACCAACCUGGCCGCCAAGCUGCCCGCCGUGCAGCACCAGCCGCCGCGCUACUGCAGCGUCAAGCACCACCUGCUGAAGCCGCCCCAAGCCAUGCAGGCGCACGGCUCGCCGUGGGGGCGGCGCGCGUCGGACGGCGGCGCGCACGUGCGGCGCUCCGAGCCCGCGUGCUGCGGCGCCGCGCCCGCGCACCACGUGUCGGACAGCGGGCCGCCGCGAGCGCCCGGCGAGCCAGCCGACGAGCCGCCCAGCGACGCCAGCUACAACUCCAACCUGUGCCGGUACAUGCUGACCCGCGGCAGCAGCAAGCGGCACACCAUGGCCACGCCCGAGGACGCGGCCGGCGUGUCCGUGUGCGCGCCCGCCGCCAUGGCUAGCAGCAACCCUUCGUCGACGGCCAACCUGCGCGUGCGCAGGACCGGCCUGCUGACCGUCACGGAGCGGCCGCCAGUCAUAAGCCCAGAACUCGUAAUGGAGGUCGAGGCGCGGAUGAACCGGAACUACCUACCGCCGUCCAUUCAGGGGGGAUACUCCUACCCCGGCCAGGCGGGCUACCAGAGCCCCCCGCCUUGCAGCCAGCCGCCGACCAGCCAGGGGUCCAUCACGGCGGGGACCCCCAGUUAUACCAAAAAUUGUAUGAAGCCCGUCCUGGAAACGAUUCUCCAGGGGAGCAUUAUGGGAGCCGCGUCGCAGGCGGCCUCCCCGUACACUCCUGCCGUGUCCCAAUAUUCCCCCACGCAUGGAACGGUCGCGUCCCAGACCGGGUCCAUUGUCAGUGGGACCCCUAUUUCCCAUCAAGCGGGGAUCCCGGAUCAAGCCUUUUCCGAUAGUAUUAACGCACAAAAUUCUGCGUCGAUCGUAUCUGGUACCCCGAUACCCGCUCAAAGUUAUCAGAAACAAGGUUCCAUUAUGAGCGGAACUCCUAUGCAGAGUCAGUCAAUCCCACCCAAUAUCUUACAAGGCCAAGGGCCUACGUCGUCGGCUAUAUUCCAGACGCAAGGGUCCAUCGUAUCCGGAACCCCGAUGCAAAACCAAGGAUCGAUUUCGAGCGGUUCUCCCGUACAAAUUCCAGGAUCAGCUAUGCAAAAUCAAGGGUCAAUAUUGACCGGAAUGUCUAUUCAGAAUCAGGGAUCAUUUCUGAGCGGUACUCUCAUCCAAAGCCAGGGGUCGAUUUUGACCGGUAUUCCCGUUCAGAACCAAAAUUUCAAUUCGAACCAAGGGUCCAUAAUCUCCGGAAGAUCCAUUCCCACCCAAGGCUCCAUCGUCUCCGGCACUCCCAUGACCGUGGACGCCAAGAGCUUCGCCAAGUUCGGCGUGUACUCGCCGAGCGGCGCGGCGAGCGGCGCGGCGGGCGGCGCGGCGAGCGGGCCGGGCGCGCAGCCCGCGCGCGCGCGCAAGUUCGCGGGCGCGCAGCGAGGCAAGUUGCCCGCGCUGGCCACGGUGCAGGAGAUGGCGCGCGAGCACGCGGAGCGCUACUCGCCCGUGCGGCGCGCGGAGCUGAGCCCGCCGCGCGCCGCGCACGACCUGGCGUCCGCGCGCCUCGAGUACCAGCAGCUGCAGCGCGGCCUGGAGCGGCGCGGCGCCAGUCUGCCGGGCGCCGCGUCCCCGCCGCACCCCGCGCACACGCCCGCCGCCUCCGUACCAGGUUCUCCUAUACACGCUCCUGCACUCGACCUCGCCGCAGCAGACCCCGCCGCGCAGGACCUGUCACUAAAACUGGGUAUCAACUUGAACAACCUGUACACAUCCCACCUGUCGCAAGAAGUGCUCAAGUCCCUCCACUCGUACGGCAGCUUCGGCUUGCUGUCCGGGCACACCUCGCCCGCCAGCCCGGGCUCGCCGCUGCACCAGAUCACCGAAGGGCUCAGCUACCUUCACACCGGCUCCAUCACCAGGGGCACGCCGCAAGCCAACGCGACGCCCUUAGACUUGCGGAGCAAUGUGGACAUGGACACCAACUAUCCUCAGUUGCACCCCAUGGUGCACCCACAGAUCCACGUGGUAGCGCACAGGUCCCUCAACAACUCGCCCAUAUCCAACCCCGGCUCUCCCCUAGACAUGAUCCAGGAGGAAAUCGGGAACGGAUCGCACAACGGAGGAACGAAAUUCCCCGAUCGGACCUUCCAGGCUUAUCCGUCGACCCAUCCACAGAUCAGUCUGACAGAUUGUCUAGGUUCCGAAAUCACAUUAGUCGCAUCGUCCUCUGAGGAUAGUGUAGAUAGUUUAGAGAACUCCAAGUAUCCUCUACCCCAAUUCGUCAUAUCGGAACCUUCGGAUCUGGACGAUCGGCCCUCCAUCACCAAGGGCAUCGGCCGGAAGGUCAGCCAGGAAACCGAGCUCGUGGAACACAGACACGUGGAGUUGGUGGACAAGGACACGGAAAUGCCGUCGCCUAAAGAAAGCGUCGACGAAACUAGCAAAUAUUUAACUGAAGAACUGGCGAGGCGGGGAAGUGACAAAUCUUUAGGUUUCAGUGAUGACUCGUUAAGUAACGACUCCGCCAAUGUGUCUCCAAACUGCGAACAAAAUAUACAGUCUAUUUACUCCAACAUAGUAUCUGUUAGUUCAGGAUUUAGCGAAAAUAGAGGAAGCUUCUCGGAAAACAGAGAGUCAUUUUCCUUUUCUGACCGCGGGAGCUUUUCUGAAAGAGGCGAUUUCGGGAGAUCUUCGUUUUCCGAAAGGAGUGAUUUCGGAAGAAGCAGUUUUUCAGAGAAAGGAGAAACUCCGCGAUCGUCGAUCUCCGCCCAGGGGAUUUUAGGUGAAGUGAAAGAAUAUUACGAGGACGUGUAUAUGCCGCGGGAUAAAUUAGAGCCGUGCGGCGAGGAAAGUCGUGAAAUAGACCAACUGCAGAGAUCGACCAUGGAUCUGAGGCUCACCGAGAUCUGCAGGCCCGAGGAGCAAAAGAUCCCGAUAUUACUGAGCCCUCAGAAAGUUUCCUGCGUCCAAGAGUACUACGAGGUGGCGCUGUCCACUGUAUGCUCUCAGUUGGACUCCCAUAGAAUAAUGGAGCUGUUAAAAGAAACCAUAAACACCAGGGUUCCGCCGCAGAACAUCUUUGUAGAAACGGGGGAUCAGAUGGGGAAGCACGAUGACUCCGAGGCGCUGACAGGGUUCUUGAAUCUGGAAUAUUCUGGCGGGAUUCAAAUAGAGUUGGUCGUGUGCGAAAACAAAGCCAAGGAGAAAAAGGGGCUGAAAAUGAGACGAAUAUCGGGCGACCAGCGCGAGUACGGCAAGCUGUGCCAGCAGCUCAUCACCAGCCUCACGGUGUAGCCGCGCCCGGCCAGAGAACCGCUCCAAGUGGAGUUCGAUGCAGUGAAUCGAACAAUGAACUUACCUCUGCAAAAUGUAACGCCCGUCCAGCACACGAGUGGCUGGCCCUGGAAGACAAGUAUCCUAGCCGCGAAGGCGUUUCCAAACGAAGCCUGACCAAGUAGUUUUAUAAGUUUCUGCCAACGAUAUAUUUGACUAUUCGACUCGUGCGUAUAUCAACCUUAAAUCGAUCGAAGACAUUUUAGUUUUCACAAUGUUCUCUUCGAGCGAUGUUUUUCAAAGAUAACUUAUUCCUUUCUGGAAGCAUUUAUAAAAGUGUGUUUUCCGAUUUCCAUUACGGAUUGUACGUUACUGAGUGAACAAAUAAUUUGAUCGUGUGAUAGAAACUGAUUUCGUGUACAAAGAAAUUUCUAUUUAGGUAGGAUAAAAUCUUAAUCCAUUUUAGACUCUAUGUUAGCAUCUUUCGGUCCAAGUUAGAUUGGGAGUUGGCUAUAUAUUUGUAUAUAGUUCGAAUGCUUAUAUUUUGUAAUUGAGAAAGUUUCCAUUUUUUGUGUCAGUAAUUCUGACAGUUAUAGAAAUAUUGCAAUACCCUAAAAAAGAUAGAGAUCAAAUGAAAAAUAGUUUACUUUAUUAUUUUUACUGUGGCCAAGCAUUCCGCCAUAUUGGCAGUGCAGAGCUGAAAUGGAAACUUGUCGAGACUGCUGCUACCAAGCUAUGAGCAAUAGAAGAAGGGAGACGUUAUGACUUCAAGUUGUUACAUAUUUGUAUAUUAUGUUGAUAAAAAUGUAUUGAAUUUAUUUAUUCCAAAAUAUAUUGUUUUAAAGUAAAUAUUCCAUUUUAGGGGUAAUUUAAAUAUAAAUUCGUGUAAAUAUUUUAAUUUUAAGCCCAGACUAGGUUAUAUUUUAAUUAUGACGAAUUAAAUAUCUAUACAAACACGUCAAGCCUCACAAUUACGAUUUCAAAAAUCGCGAUUAUUUUGGUGUAUCGUGUAAAGGGUACCUCACAAUGCGAUUGCACACCUCAUAGGCGUAGUGUUUUGAAGUAUCAAAACAUUUUAACGUUAGAGUAAAGUGGACCUAGUGCCGCUUGUUUUAAAGUAGUACAUUCCGAUCCGCUAACUUUGGUGUGACAAUAUUUUCUAGGGGCGCUGGCUAUAUACGUUGGUACUUUAUACUUUAUACGCUAUGGCCAGCGAGAUUAGUGAAACGUUUCGAUGCGGGGACACCAUUAUAGCUUGUGAGUUGUGCAAUCUUGUGCUUAAGGGUACAGCUAUCAAACGUUGUAAAGAGUAUGUGUGAAAUGUGUACCAAGUCCCAUAUGAGAAGUAAACAAAGGAAAUAUAUUUAAAAUAUAUGUGUUUUGAUCAGUCGCUCGUACACCGAUGUACUAGGUACGUGCGACAAGGUGAGGGCUUGGUACCCAACACGCAGGUACGCGUAGGGUACACCUUUGCCAUAAGUGUAGUUAGAGCCAUGUUAUUGAAGAUUUAAAUAUCUUGUAAAUAAUAUUUUAAUAAACAAUUCCGAUUCCAUAAUGUUA